GUCUCUCCUCCUUGUACCUCUCUCUCCCUUCCUCUCCCUCUCCCUCCCUCCCUCUCUCUCUCCUCUCCGGGGUUCAAUUCCUCGUUUCACUCCGAUCCCCGAAAAAUCAGUGCUCGAGAACCAGAAGCAGAGCAAAGAUGGAGAGGUGAUUACUGCCUGUGUGGUCCAAGUGAGAAUUUUCUCGCUCGAUUUGCGAAAUAGGUGCUUUUUCUGAUCUGAAUCUGAUCGGGAUCUGGGUCUUUGAUUGGACUGAUUUUCCGUGCGAUUCUUACCGUAAAGUUGCAAUCUUUGAGUAUUUUGGGGCUGAGUUGUAGAAGUAGAUCGUUUACUCUGAGAAUCGGACUGACUCGGCCGAGUUGUACUCGUUGACUCACUGAAUCUUUUGUAAUGGAGACUCUUCUGGUUGUGGCGCAGCAUAAGAACCAGUACUAUGGCCAGGGGAAGCCACACGGGCCGGGCCGAGUCGGCCCGUCGCCGUCCAAGGACUUCCGAGGGAUCAAUUGCCGGACUUUCCAAUCCGGGUCAGGUAUACUCCCAACCCCAUCCAAGGCUUGCUCUACUCCUGUAUCCAAAAAGGGAGCAUGCUCUGGUUCUCCUCCUAGGAUAACUACACCUAGUCCAAACAAGAUACAUACAUCUAGUCCAGUUUCACAGUCUGAUAGCAGAACAUUUAUUAAAAGCACCCCAAUUGCUAUCAAUGUCAACAACUCGAAGAAAGGCAAGCACUUCAAUGGAAGUUUUUCAUUUUCUGAGCUCUGGGCCGGUCCGGCUUACUCGAACUCUCCCCCACCGAGUUCGUUGCCAAUCCCCAAGUUUUCAAUCCGACCCAAGAGAACCGUGUCGCUCGAAUUGCCCAAGUCGCCCGCUGAUAUCGAAAUGCACCACCCAAUUGCCAAGUCUACACCUGCAUCCCCAACUAGGGAGCAUGGUGGGUCUUCUGCGAGAGACCUCUUUCACAAUGCUGACUCCGCGACCAAGACUCUGCGUCGCAUUCUGAAUCUCGAUGUUGACGAUGAAUGAAGGGCGGAUGGGAGCACUAGGCUCCUGUAAAUAGGUUUAGAUUGUAUAUAGAAUGAAUAAAUUGGGUUGGUAGA